AUGAGCCAUAAUCACGCAAACUUUGACGGGCGGUUGGAAUUCAUCCAGAGGCUGUUGCACCAACAGUUCAGCUGCGACGUACAUAAUGCUAAGAUCGAUCCCAUCCAAUACGACCCAGACAGUCCAUUCAAGUACAACAAUUUCGUUUACCGCAUCAGUCUGCCUUCGCCGCCGUUCACUACCUACAAUGGCGGCAGCGAUAGACCACGUCAGCCCGGCACCUCCCCUCUUCCAAAAGGCACAAAAGACUUCAUCAUGCGCCUCACUAAUCCUGACGCCGAGGGGAUGAAUCAGCAUACCAGAGUGGAAAAUGAGGUUGCCAUCAUCUCUCUCGCUGCUGCUGCUCUCAGUGGCUUCCAACCACACGUAGUUCCUUUGGUGUAUGGUUGGGGAAGUGCAGCUGCGCCAUCGACACAAGGGUGGAUCCUCCAGGAACUAAUGCCUGGCACGCCGGUCGACGAAACCUUCGACAGCAUGCCUUUUGACGAGAAGAAAGGGAUUCUUGCGCAGAUGGCCGCGUUCUUGAAGGCUUUGCAAGACUUCAAGCUUCCACACAGCAUCCAACAGUACGGCGGAGUGACUUUUGACACGGCCGGUCAGAUUGUGAGCACGACAAUGACCAGCGUGGGCAGUGGACCUUGGCUGUCGUAUGAGGACUACUUCACAGACCGACUCGAACGAGCUUUGCAAAAAACUGACAGCAACCCUUAUAUCAAGGGAUGGCAUGCAAAUGACGUGAGGAAGCGCCUUGAUGCCUUUGUUAAGAACGGCAUCCCGGCCCAGUUCAAAGCCCUCGAUUCCAAACAUGAAAAGACUAUUGUACAUGCCGACUUCACCCCAAACAAUCUGCUCUACGAUGCUGCUACCCAGCGCAUUACAGCCUUAAUCGACUACGAUUUUGCAUGCAUACUGCACCCAUCCUAUGAAUUCCUUCGCUCAUUUAGCGGCGCUGGAGGCCAAUUCCAAGGCUGGUCUGAUAUUGAAUCCAGUGAGCAGACAGCUUUGCGAGAUGCUAAGCUUCACGGCUUCCCCUCGCCACUGCCUGAAAACACCAAGGAUGGGGUGAAAUGGGAUGUUGCCAAGGCUUGGGAGGAUGAAUUAGAGAGCAUGGGUAUACAGCGACCGAAAACCAUGAAAGGGAUUGAGAAGGUUGCAGAUGUCGACGCUGUUCUUCGCUCAAUUCUGCCGUGGCGCGUUACAAACUCGGACGUCUUGCGCCUACAGUCAGAGGCAGUGAUACUGAAGUGCAGAGACGAGAAUGAAGCUCAGUUGAUAAAGCUACUAGAUCAUAUAGGAUUUUGA